AUGGCUCUGAGCGCCCACGAGGUCUCGCAAUUGCGGGCUGCUCUCCAAGACGCCGUGGUCAAAUGCUCAGAGAGGUGUCUCUACCAAUCUUCAAAAUGGGCCGCCGAACUACUUAACGCGCUUCCCGAGACCGACGAUGACGACGAGCACCUCGACCCUGCGGAUCCCAAGUACAUCUCGCCGAUAUACACUUCGAACAGCGACCCAGAAGAGGCAGCUCUCGAGGCAAAAGAGUUGAGCAAAUACCUGUUAGCCAAGUCUUUAUUCGACUGUAGAGAGUACGACCGCUGCGCCGCUGUUUUCCUCCCCGAUUCUCUCCUGUCUAGUGUCCUGGCAUCAAGGGUGGACAGUUCUCCGGCGUAUGCCUCAGCUGGCAAGGGAAAGGCAAAGGCUUCUGAUUCAUCAGCCGCGAUACCUCUUCCCAGGAUCAGUCAGAAGAGCUUGUUCCUUGCCCUCUAUGCAAAGUUCAUGUCGGGGGAAAAGCGCAAGCAAGAGGAUACUGAGAUGGUUAUGGGCCCUCAGGAUCUUGGAACAGUGGCCAACAAGCAACUCCUCGUCAUUGGGCGGUAUCUUUCAACUUGGUUUGAUGAGAGGACAACUGAAGACGACGAGGUGUUGGGCAGCCAGGGAUGGCUUGAAUAUCUAUAUGGCAUGGUGCUUGCCAAGGAAAAGAAUGACGAAAGAGCAUUGGAAUUCUUUAUCCGAAGCGUACACAAGUACACCAUGAACUGGGGCUGCUGGCUAGAAAUGACGUCGCUAAUAUCUCGAGUCGAGGAUUUGAAUCGAAUAUCAAGACAUUGUCCUCAGAACAUCGUGUCUUACAUGUUUCACCUGCACACCUCCCUGGAGCUCUACCAGCAAGGACCCGGACUCGCCAGUUCUCUUGAGCAGCUCCUCUCUAUCUUCCCGACAUCAUCCUUCCUCCUCACCUGCAACGCAUUGCUUGCCUAUCACGCCAAGGAUCUGAUGGCUGCCGAACAGCACUUUACUCGACUGCUGGCGCUCCAUCCCCAUCGGCUUGAUUCUCUCGACCACUAUUCCAACAUUCUCUACGUUCUAAAUCUUCGCCCAAAACUGGCGUUUCUGGCACAUCUAUGCUCCAGUGUAGACAAGUUCCGUCCGGAAUCCUGCGUGGUCGUUGGCAACUACUAUUCCCUUCUCUCGAUGCACGAAAAGGCUGUGCAGUACUUCCGACGUGCCCUGACCCUUGACCGGUCAUGUCUAUCGGCAUGGACAUUGAUGGGCCACGAAUACGUCGAACUCAAAAACACGCAUGCGGCUAUCGAGUCGUAUCGCCGUGCAGUUGACGUAAAUCGACGGGACUAUCGGGCCUGGUACGGAUUGGGUCAGACAUAUGAGAUGCUGGAAAUGCAUACAUACUCGCUUUGGUACUACAAGAAGGCUGCCGGUCUGCGUCCUUGGGAUGGCAAGAUGUGGAUGGCUGUAGGCUCAUGUCUGCAAAAGAUGGGCCGAGAACGAGACGGUAUCAAGGCUUUGAAGCGAGCUUUGCUCGCGGAUGCCUACUAUGACGUGGGCAGCAGUUUCGGAAGCGGCGAUCUCCUGGGUAGCCGUAGCGCUACAGGCCAUAUGGACCCUGAGAUCCUCUUGCAGAUUGCUGCCAUGUAUGACCAGCUGGGUGAAGAGGAAGAAGCCAAGUCGUACAUGGAACUCUGUGUGGCUCAGGAAGAUGGCGGUGCGAACGCUGAGGUUGACCCAGCAGAGUCCAUCGCUAUUCACAAUGAUUCUCCCCCGGGUUCAGACAAUGGCGCUGAGGGCAACGAGAACGCGGGCAAUGAGGGUACGGGUGUCACAGCAGCGACUAGCAAAGCCCGGAUGUGGCUUGCCAAAUUCUCGAUGCGUACCGGAGACUACGCGGCAGCUGAGCGCCUUGCCGGAGAGCUGUGUCAGGAUGGUGUAGAGGUCGAGGAGGCCAAGGCCUUGGUGCGAGAGGUGCGGUCACGGAUGGAGGCGUCGGGGAUGCUUGAUCCGUUGAGUUGA